AAUCAACAGCAUAAGUCUAGAAACGAACUCCAAUCAUAAAUCCUCCAUUUUUCCUGGGAUUUGAUUAAUUAGCAGAAAUCUGUUGUAAAAAAUCCCACAUAAAAUAUCCAAAAGAAACUACCUUAAAACACGCUUAUACGCUGAUUUUGUCUCCAUAAAACCAAGAAAAUUCAUAUUCACUUAAUUUGACUCUCCUCUCCCCUCUCCCCUCUCCCCUCUCUAAUGAGAACAAGGAGAGAAGCUGUCUGUCCCUUGAGGAUACUGGAAAGAGCCAAGCAUUAAUUGGACUGCACGUUAUCAAUUUUCUUCUUCCUUUUUUUAAUAUAUGCAGCAGCAAUUUUGAUUCAAAUUUGAAUGUUCUUCUAUAGGAUAAUAAUUAUUUUUAUUAGUUGUCUCUUGCAUAACAAAUUCUGGGAUUUUUGUCAAACCGAAGGAAGAUCCUCAUUAAAAUUCCUUCAGGGCUCUAUAAAUCUUGGCCUCGGCCAUGGCUACCGGGGCCUUCUGUGGGGUGGCUCCUUUCUUUUUCCGUAGGAAGAUUCCUGGAAUUGAGGGAAAAGCAGUACCUCAUGCAAAUAAAUCAAUUAAUGCACCAAAGAAUAUGAAGGCCAUGAACACGGAGCUCAAGAACAAGAUUUCUACCUUCAGAGACUUGCUUGAUCUGCCUCCUUGUGUUGGCUCUGCUUCAGUAAAUGAGCUGCUGAUUUGGACUCUGAAGGAUCUCUUCAAAUUGUAUCCUAGGGUCAAGCCAAAUAUAACGGUGUCAGAACUUGAGGAAGCCUCAAUACAUCAGUGUCUCAAUUUCUUCUGUGAUGCUCUGAAAUCACUUGGAAACCUGUGGAAAAAUAGCGGAGAAUGGAUGGUCAACUUGAAAUAUGAUGCAUCAAUAAAAUUAGACCAAAUUGGCCUGGAACAAAUUGCAUUGGCAAUGCUUGAAGAGAUGAUUAAGCUGGCAAGAGAGAGGCUGUUUGAUAUGAUGGAUGAUGAUGAAGACAUGAGAGACUACGGUUCCCCAACAAAUGCAUUUGGAAAGGCUUUCUCCAAAUCUUAUUCAGAUAACAAGAAUUCCCAUUCUAGCUCUCCUGCAACCCCAACCUCAGUCCUUCCAGAAAUUAGGAAAUUCUCGAGUAAGGGCGAGAAGAUGUCUUAUUCUCCACCUAGGCUCCUAUCAUUGAGAGUUCAGGCAGUUGAAAAACUGAACCCCAUUGACUUGAAGCGCUUAUCGUUGCACAUGUUCCAUCACACAGAUGCUCAAGAUCCUAAAUGCUCAAUCCAGGUAAGGACAGACAAGCAACAGCUAGAGUUACAAGAAAAGUGGCCUUCUGAAGGGAAAGAGGGUGAUGUUGAGGUUAAUCAAGAUUUUGAGAUGCUGGAUGAUAUGGAAAAGAUUGAUGAAAUUAACCAAGAAUGUGAAAUGAAAGAUGAUGUUACAAAGAUUCUGGUUACUAAUUCAACUGGGGUGACAGUGAGUAAAGGAAGAAAUGGGCUUGGCUCUCCACGUCUUCAAAUAGUGGCUGCUCCUGACACUCCGACAAACGAAGAUAUUAAAAUGGUUUCGCCACAACCAUCCUCUAACUUGCAAUCAAAUGAUGCAGAGCCAGAAGGAACUUCUCUAACAUCACCAACCAUGUCACCACCAAAUGCAGUAUUGUAUCAAAUAUCAGAACCAGCUCCACUGCCUCCUCCACAAUCCACAUCCCCAGAUAAAAAAGAAUCAAUUCCAGUGGCUCCAUCACCACCGCCAUCCCCUAACUUGCAGUCAAAUGAUGCAGAGACAGAAGGAACUUCUCUAACAUCACCACCCACGUCACCACCAAAUGCAGCAAUGUAUCAAAUACCAGAACCACCUCCACUGCCCCCACCACAGUUGACAUCCCCAGAUAGAAAAGAAUCAAUACCAAUGGCUCCAUCACCACCACCCCUACCACAAUUAUCACCCAUUACAUCGAAGAGCAUAGUAUUGUCAGCACCUCCACCUCCACCACCAUUAUCACCCAUUAUGUCGAAAAGCAAAGCCAUGUCAGCGCCUCCGCCUCCGCCUCCGCCUCCGCCUCCGCCUCCACCACCACCGAUGACUCCAAGAAAAACAGAUGCAAACCUUACACCAUCACUACAGGUGAUAUUGGGAAAUAUGGCAUCUCCACCCCCACCGCCCCUACUCCCUGUUAUGUCUAAAAAUCGGGCAUCUCCCCCACCACCACCGCCACCACCCAUGUCAUUAAAAAAUGGUGCACCACCACUGCCACCCAUGGCGUCAAAAAAUGGUGCACCACUACCCCCACCUCCACCCAUGUUGACAUUGAAGGGAGUUGUGCCAUUAACUGGAGCUGCUCCGCCACCACCUCCAGGGCUUGCUGGUGCCAAAAACCUCCUUCCCAAGAAAGCAACAACAAAAUUGCGGAGAUCCUCUCAGAUGGGUAGUCUGUAUCGACUUCUGAAGGGGAAAGUAGAAGGAUCAAAUCUUGAUGGUAAAUCACCAGGAAGAAAGGGUAAGAUUGGAGCUUCUGCCUCAGGAAAGCAAGGAAUGGCUGAUGCAUUGGCAGAGAUGACAAAAAGGUCAGCAUACUUCCAACAAAUUGAAGAGGACGUGAAGAAUUAUGCCAAGUCAAUUAAGGAGGUGAAAGCUGCAAUCAAUUCAUUCCAGACAUCUGACAUGCAUGAGCUCUUAAAAUUCCACAACUACGUAGAAUCUAACCUCGAGAAGCUGACUGAUGAAACACAGGUUUAG